AUGGAAGAAAAUCCUUUUGCGGACAUAGAUGAGUACAUCGAGGAUACAAAUGCUAUUGUACCUCCGGUUGUUGGUGCUGCAACUUCCAAGGUGGAACAUGGUUUAAUCCUUAUGCUCAAAGCGGAGGGGUUUUUCAGGAAUUCCACUGAUGAUGAUCCGACACUAUAUCUUAGAAACUUCUUGGGUAUGUGUGCGAUGCAUAAGCAGAACAACAUCUCUGAUGAUGCCCUAAGGUUGAGGGUGUUCAAGUACUCACUAGCUGGUGACGCAAGGAAGUGGCUUCAAAAUAUGCCACCAAACUCCAUUCAUUCUUGGCCUGAACUUGUCCGAGCAUUCUUAGCUAAAUGGUUCCCGCAAAGUAAGAAGUCUGAGCUCCGGGAUAAAAUUUUCUUUUUCAAGCAAGUACCGGGAGAACAUCUACAUGAGGCACGGGAUCGAUUCAAGUUAUAUUUGGUAAGGUCUCCCAACCAUGGUUUUCCGGAUUCUAUCUUGUUGGAGAAAUUCUACAUGAGUUUGGAUCCUAUGUACCAAUCUAUAGACAAGAAUGCAGCUGAUGGAUCUUUAAUGGACAAAUCAUUCGCAAGGGUCACACAAAUACUUGACAAAAUGAAAAAACAUAUCCAAGCUUGGCACUCAGAGGACACCACAGGUGGAAUUGCAUAUGGUUCUCCUUCCUUGACCACCAUGAUCAAGGAAAAUCAAGAGAGAGAUCAAGCGAUUGCAGGGCUUGCCACAAAUGUCAAUGUGUUGACAAAGAUAUUCACCGAAAGCCAAACGAAGAAAGUAAAUGUGGUGGAGGAUGUGCAACCCAUAUCAAAUGAAGACUUUGAGGAGGCAAACUAUGUCAACAACUCUCAAGGAGGUGGCUCAAAUCAAGGAAAUUGGAAUAACAACAACAACUUCUCAAAUCGGAAUUCAAACCCAUAUGUUCCUCCAAAGGGUCAAUAUUCAAAUCAAGGUUCCUCAAGUGAUUCCAAGUUGGAAAACAUGCUUGAAUGGGUAUUGCAAAAUCAAGAGAAGUUCGACAUUUCUAUGAGGAAUAUGACUGAGCUUGUUGGCUCUCAUACCGCAUCCAUUCAAAAAUUGGAGAUGCAAAUGAGAGACCUCUCUAGGGAGCAAAAUCCUAAGCAAAAAGGGACACUUCCAAGUGACACAAUUGCGAACCCAAAGGGUAGUGGGGGUGGUCCAACUUCUCAUGUCAUGGCAAUUACUACUCGGAGUGGGAAGAUACUACAAGGAGGGAGUGAACAAGUGGUUGAAGUUGAAGAGUCCGAACAAGAGAUUAAGGUUGAAGAGCCAAUUGUUGUUGAAAAAGGUUCCAGAAGAAUUGAAAGUGCAAGAAGAAAACCGGGAAGAGGUAAAGGAAAAGACUUGAUUACCAAGAAGAGAACCCCCAAGAAUGAAGUAGUGAAUAUGACUCACAGGGUUAGUUCCAUCAUUGCAACAUCCACCGUUCAAAAGAAAGAAGACCCGAGAGCUUUCACUAUUCCAUGUACUAUUGGGGCACAUGAUUUUGCAAGAGCCCUUUGUGAUAAUGGGGCUAGCAUCAGCUUAAUGCCUCUUGCCAUAUACAAGCAAGCAGGGUUAGGUAUGCCAAAUCCCACAAGUAUGAGAUUGCAAAUGGCUGAUCGUUCCAUAAAGAGACCGGUGGGAAUUGUUGAUGAUGUGCUUGUUAAAGUGGGAAAGUUUCAUUUACCCGCCGAUAUCGUAAUCCUUGAUUGUGCGGUUAACAAAGAGAUCCCUAUCAUUUUGGGGAGACUAUUCCUAGCCACAAGAAGAGCACUAAUGGAUUCGGAAUGGAAUGAGAUCAAAUUCCGUGUGAAUGAUGAAGAGGUUACAUUCCAAGCAAGCUAG